GCAUAAUCUCUGCAGGACUCUGACCACGCCUGUCCUCUGAUGUGCUGAGACCGUGAAGGCAGCAUUAAUGUGAGUCACAUGACAGGGCCAGCCUUCUCCGACUGAUCCGAUACACACCUCAGAACCAUGCCGACCACGCAGCAGUCUCCUCAGGAUGAACAGGAGAAGCUUCUGGAUGAAGCUGUGCAGGCUGUCAAGGUCCAGUCGUUCCAGAUGAAGCGAUGCCUGGACAAGAACAAGCUGAUGGAUGCUCUGAAGCAUGCCUCCAACAUGCUGGGUGAGCUGAGGACCUCCAUGCUUUCUCCAAAGAGCUACUACGAGCUCUAUAUGGCUAUCUCUGAUGAACUCCACUACCUAGAGGUUUAUCUGACUGAUGAGUUCGCCAAAGGACGCAAGGUGGCAGAUCUCUACGAACUGGUCCAGUAUGCAGGAAACAUCAUCCCCAGACUCUAUCUGCUAAUCACAGUAGGCGUGGUGUACGUCCGCUCCUUCCCUCAGUCCCGUAAGGACAUCCUGAAGGACCUGGUGGAGAUGUGCCGCGGUGUCCAGCACCCACUCAGGGGUCUCUUCCUCAGAAACUACUUGUUGCAGUGCACCCGCAACAUCCUGCCAGACGACGGGGAGCAGGCAGAGGGCACAGAGGAAAUGACCGGUGACAUCAAUGACUCCAUUGACUUUGUCCUCCUGAACUUUGCGGAGAUGAACAAGUUGUGGGUUCGAAUGCAGCAUCAGGGUCACAGCCGAGACCGAGAGAAGAGGGAGAAGGAACGACAAGAACUCAGGAUUCUGGUGGGCACCAACCUAGUUCGCCUCAGCCAGCUGGAGGGCGUCAACGUGGAAAAGUACAAACAGAUUGUUCUUUCUGGAGUCCUGGAGCAGGUUGUGAACUGCAGAGACUCGUUGGCUCAGGAGUAUCUAAUGGAGUGCAUCAUUCAGGUUUUCCCAGAUGAGUUCCACCUUCAGACCCUGAAUCCUUUCCUGCGUUCCUGUGCUGAGCUCCAUCAACACGUCAACGUCAAGAACAUCAUCAUUGCCCUCAUUGACAGACUCGCUCUGUUUGCUCAUCGAGAAGAUGGUCCUGGCAUUCCAGCCGAGAUCAAACUAUUUGACAUCUUCUCUCAGCAAGUGGCCACUGUCAUUCAGUCUCGUCAGGACAUGCCAUCAGAGGACGUGGUCUCUCUUCAGGUCUCGCUCAUCAAUUUGGCUAUGAAGUGCUACCCUGAUCGCGUGGACUAUGUAGAUAAGGUCCUGGAGGGCACUGUGGAGAUAUUCAACAAGCUCAACUUGGAACACAUAGCAACCAGCAGCGCAGUGUCAAAGGAACUCACCCGGCUGCUGAAGAUCCCGGUGGACACCUACAACAACAUCCUGACGGUGCUGCAGCUCAAGCACUUCCCACCGCUCUUUGAAUACUUCGACUACGAGUCGCGCAAGAGCAUGAGUUGCUACGUGCUGAGCAACACGCUGGACUACAACACCACCAUUGUGGCACAGGAACAGGUGGAUGCCAUCUUGAGCCUGGUAUCCACACUGAUACAGGACCAGCCAGACCAACCAGCUGAUGAUCCUGACCCUGAAGACUUCGCCGAGGAGCAGAGCCUUGUUGGUCGUUUCAUCCAUCUGCUCCACUCUGAAGACCCUGAUCAACAGUACCUUAUUCUGAACACAGCCCGGAAACACUUUGGUGCGGGUGGAAACCAAAGGAUUCGCUACACACUCCCUCCUCUGGUGUUCGCUGCCUACCAGCUGGCCUUCAGAUACAAGGAAAACUCAUCAGUGGAUGACAAGUGGGAAAAGAAGUGUCAGAAGAUCUUCUCCUUCGCUCACCAGACCAUCAGUGCACUUAUCAAGGCCGAGCUUGCCGAGCUGCCGCUUCGACUCUUCCUGCAGGGGGCGCUGGCAGCUGGGGAGAUUGGCUUUGAGAAUCACGAGACUGUAGCUUAUGAGUUCAUGUCACAGGCCUUCUCUCUGUACGAGGACGAGAUCAGUGACUCCAAAGCCCAGUUGGCCGCCAUCACACUGAUCAUUGGUACCUUCGAGCGGAUGCGAUGUUUCAGCGAAGAAAACCACGAGCCGCUGAGGACCCAGUGCGCGCUCGCCGCCUCCAAGCUGCUGAAAAAGCCCGACCAGUGCCGGGCCGUCAGCAUCUGCGCCCACCUGUUCUGGUCAGGUCGCAGCACUGACAAAAACGGUGAAGAGAUUCGUGAUGGUAAGCGGGUGAUGGAGUGUCUAAAGAAAGCUCUGAAGAUUGCCAACCAGUGCAUGGACCCGUCGCUGCAAGUCCAGCUUUUCAUCGAAAUCCUCAACAGAUACGUCUGCUUCUAUGAGCGGGAAAACGACGCGGUGACUGUCCAAGUAUUAAACCAGCUGAUUCAAAAGAUCAGGGAAGAUCUUCCCAACCUGGAGGCGAGCGAGGAAACGGAGCAGAUCAACAAACACUUCCACAACACACUGGAGCAUCUCCGCCUGCAGAGAGAAUCCCCGGAGUCCGAGGGCCCCGCCUAUGAGGGCCUGGUCCUUUAAAACUAUUGCAGGUCGGAAGGAUGUGAAGCCCAUUCAUAGAUGUUUCACAAUGUUAUGAAUAUAAUGCACACACAUAGACACAUACACACACACACACACACACACACACACACACACACACACAGUCCCAUCCUGUAGGCCAGGAAUAAAUAUAAAUGUCAAGAAGAGCUAAAAGAACUCACUCCUUCAUUUUCUUCUUCUUCUUCAUUUUCCUGCAUCGUUUCCUCGUCACUGUCUCUCAGCAGCAGAGCUUUUCUGCAGCAGGUUGGACCCGUUUCAUUUUAAAGAAGUGUGUGCCAGCAACACUGCACAAGUUUUAGACACCAUUCCUUUCUGAAUUCCUACCCGACCAAUUUGUCUUUAACCUGUAUCAUUUUCUUGUCGAUAGUAGACUGUUGUUGUAGGUGUACCCACUGAGCCAUCGAGCCCCUCGCCUGUUCACGUCUUUCCAUACUGAGAAGUGAAUGUAUUAGCUACAGACAUCCCAAUAGUGGCAUUACAGCUGUGUUACAGACAAGCUAGUUUCCACCCCUGAAUAAUCAAGAACUCUGCUGUCCUUUAGGACAGCAUAGGAGGGGACCACCCAAACUGAAGACCAGACAAAUGGAAGCACAUAUGCAAAGUUUGGCCCCGCAGGAAUGACGCAGCAAACGUUCCCAUUUAAAAACUGCUGAAUGUUUUUUUUUUUUUUCUUCAUGGGAACUUAAGAACAGUUAGUAAUCGUGCAGUAUUCUUCAUGAUCUUCAACCCUUCAGCUGUCCCAGCUGGGCUGCAAAGAAACUUAACAACCUCACAAAUCCAGAGAUUUGUAGGUGUGAAAACGCUCCUCGCCUCUCAUGGUUUAAGUGGCGCUUCUUUUUUAAUGCCAUCAGAUCUGUGUCUCUGUCAGACCUUCCAUGUUUCAUGUGUCAGUUUAUUUCUGGACUCCUCGUUCAGACCUGCAGCAUGUGUCUGCAUGCUUUUAGUGUGCUUGUACCAUACGGCCUGGUUUUCAGUUUUACUCUAUAUGGAUCACACCAAACCGUGACGUCUUUAUGACAAAACGUCAUCAUUUUGGCGACCCUGUUGAAAUCCUGUAAGCUCGGUGACGGUCCUUUUCAGAUGAGUCUGUUGUUUUGGGGGGGUGGGUGCAGUGAUUCCUCAGGAUUGUGUGCUAGUUGACGCGUUGCCAUACCGAGAACGUCAUCAUGUACAAGUUUGUGUGUCCGAUUUUUGGAAUAGUUUGCUGCAGCGUCUGCCAGUGAUCGCUCUCUCUCUUGGCUGUUCCUGUUGAUUUGUUGCAGGCAGUAUUCUCUCCCCUCUCGAUCUGUAUGUAAACCCACUUGUAAAUCAGAUAAUUAAAAAAAAAAAGCAGAUUAAAUAGCAAUUAUCAUUGUCAUUUGCUGAAAUAAAAAUGAAAUUAACAAUACAUAUUUGCAUUUUGUUAAUUUUACACGCAGCAUAUUAAUAUAAUAAAAUCGUAUCAUUAUUAAUA